GUACCCGUACCUGCACGACUACUCGUACCUGUUCGCGCGCCAAAGCUCUAUACCGUCCUACGCUUCUUGCCGGCUUCUGGGGCCACCCCGGCGCCCCGCCCCGUCUCGGGCGCAACUUGGGCGGGCUCAUCACGCGCUCUGGGCUUCGUGCCGUGCGGAGCCAGUGCUGCUGCCUGGUGCUCAGAAACAGGUUACGGACCUUCCUCAAAGCCGUUUACGGGAACUUGGCGCGCGAGGACUUUUUGAGUGUCCAAGGGAGCACAAGGACCUUGGCAUUUCCUUAGCGCACUUCAGGGUCUGUUCACGACUUCUUUGCUCGACUUCCAGUAAUAAUAUAUUCUAUAGGCAAUAAACUGAAGAUAGCUAUUAGCAUUUCAUAGAGCCGUUACAACCUGGUCAACGGACCAAGAGGCAACAUCAUCCCGGCACCCAGCAGGAGUCCACCUUCCUAACACCGUUAGCUAACACGUUCACAAAGAUGCAAUCUGCCGAAGAUGCUGCUGCCGCGGCCGCGGCAGAUACCGUCGCAACGCAGAACCUGCUGGCAGCGAGCAUUGCCAGCAUCCUUCAAAAUACGACUGCAGCGGUGCCACCCGGUCCCCCUCCAAGUGCUUCUCUUGGUGGCCAAGGCGGCCAAGGUGGAGGUGAUUCUCCGACUGCGAACAGAACCAACAGCAGCGGUGGCAAUAACCAGGCUGGAGCCCAGGGGGUCGGCCUUUCGCCUGGCCUCAUCUUCCUUCCAGCUGGGCUUCCCUUUCCGUUGCAGCUCAACGGCCCUGGGCUUCAAAACCUUGCGCCAUACCUGCAGCUUCUUCCAGGGCUAGGGGCUGGUUUGGGUGCCCCUGGGGACGCCAAUGUGCCGUAUGGGCUUCCUCCUUUGGGUCUCGACGGCCAAGCUUUUAACCUGGCAGCGCUCCUGGCAGGCGGCGGUUUAGACGUCGACGGGCAAGGGGCCGAUUUGUCUCUGCUGGAUCCAUCACGCAAGCCCGGGGGUGUCGGCAACAAGCGUGCCGCCGAUGGGAGUGUCGGCGCGCCAUACGCUAAGCGCGAGCGUUCAGAGGAAGGCCGCGCGAGAGAGGGCCUGCGCGAUGCACGACAGUCCAUUCCCAAUCUCCCACACCUCAAGGGCAAGUGCCACGUGGAGAGCUGCAGCGCCGACCUCACGGGGCUCUCGUCGUACUACCAACGGUACCGCACGUGCGAGCUCCACCUCAAGGCGCCGUACAUCAUGAAGGAUGGGGUGCAACAGCGCUUCUGCCAGCAGUGCGGUCGCUUCCACGAGCUGCACGAAUUUGACGGCAACAAGCGCAGCUGCCGAUCUAGGCUGCAGAGCCACAACAUUCGGCGACGCAAGCGCACCGAGGAGCAGCUGGCGAUCCAAGCGGCGUCGGAGUCGCAGGUGGGCCAAGCCGGAGGCACGCCGCUGGCGCUGCCGCCCCCGCCACUGGCUCCGCUGGGCCAGAUGCCGCUGCAGCCGCACGGGCUGCUCGGAGGGCAGCCCAAUCUGACGGAACUGCUCAGCCAGGCAGGUCUCGAGAGCCUUCUGUCGUCACUCGGGGGCGCAGCAGUACAGGACCCGUCCAAGCAGCCGAAGCAAGACGACGCGCUGGCUGCCCUGCUCAGCAGCCUCAGCGGCCUGCCCCAGCCGGACCCCACUGCUGGGCUUCUGGCGCUCACGGCCGGCACCGACAACUUGGCUCCACCGCUGCUGGACAGCCUGCUCAAAUCAGCCGCCGCCAGCGCGAUUCCCGGUCCUGGUGCGGGAGAUCUGCCUGGUGCAGACGCCCUGCAGCAGCAACUGGCACUUGCGCUUGCAGGGGCGCCGGCGGCCGCGGCUGCUAUUGUCGGAGAGCAGCCCGGCCCUUCGGUGCUGGAUCCCUCAGCGCUGGCGUCGCAUGUGGCUGAGCUGCAUGCGGCGGCGGGUCUGCACCACCCGGGUGCGCAUGUAGAGCACGUGAAGCCGGAAGGGCCGGUCAUGCAUGUGGGUCCUGGUGAGGGGCGCCAGCCUGAUGGCGGACAGCAGAUGGGACCGGAUGGGGAGGUGCACUGAAACAUGGGUUUAUAUGAAGUCUUGUUAAUGCUGUCCAGUUGGUUAACUAUGCAUGCCUUGUAUCUUGCGCGUUAUAUACGUGUUAACAGCCCCAACACUGGGCAGAGAGGGGACUGCCCGUUUUUCUUUGGAUUUGGUCGCAGUGCGUUGGUUGGAUUCGUCAUGAUGCCGGAGUGUGUAGUCAACGCUGUGGCUUAGUGGUCUGUGCGUGCACUGUCGCCAAGGAGAAGUUACCGCCUGCAGGCGGCGUACAUUAUAACACUUGAAGCUCUCUGAAAAUGACAACAGAGGUGUGCGUUUAUUUCGCACCUUCUUCCCAUUGUAUUUUGGAAUAGCAAGGUUUCGGUGGGUUGUUCUGCCCACUCCCUGGUAUUGCCUCUCUGUUGUAUAUCCCGGCAAUCCCCGGUCGGACACAGGGGUGUCCUGUUGGUUGGCGCAGCGCUGCAGCAACGUUGCGCCUUAGUCGCAUUGUAAUACAUUGGGGUCAGUGAAAAGGACACGGCUGGGAAGGGCAGGGCCACGCCCCAAACUUUGCAACAAACGUCUCGG